CAGGUAGAGUGCAGCCUCAGGCUUGUUCAACAUAACAGGUGCAAACCACAUUGUAGCCAGGACCUGCCUGAAGCCGGAUUCUCCCCACUCCCUCCUUCAACCCCGCCUCUUCCUCCUCUUUGGAGGACUGCUGCCCCCCUCCCCCCAUGGGGCUGGAUAGAUGCCCUGUAUCCAAGCCCAAUAUGGGACACCAGCACCCAGCCCUGCAGGCCGUGACCACUUGGCAAACGAUCCUCUGACCCCUGAGCUCAGCAAACCCACUAUGGACCUGGCUAGCCCUGAGGCGGCUCCCGCUGCUCCCACUGCCUUGCCCAGCUUCAGCACCUUCAUGGAUGGCUACACAGGAGAGUUUGACACCUUCCUCUACCAGCUGCCAGGAACUGCCCAGCCCUUCUCCUCGGCCUCUUCCUCAGCCUCCUCCACGUCCUCAUCUUCAGCCACCUCCCCUGCCUCUACUUCUUUCAAGUUCGAAGACUUCCAGGUGUAUGGCUGCUACCCAGGCACCCUGAGCGGCCCACCAGAUGAGACCCUGUCCUCCAGCGGUUCUGACUAUUAUGGCAGUCCCUGCUCCGCUCCGUCACCUUCCACACCCAGCUUCCAGCCGCCCCAGCUCUCUCCCUGGGAUGGCUCAUUUGGCCACUUCUCACCCAGCCAGACUUAUGAAGGCCUGCGGGCAUGGACAGAGCAGCUACCCAAGGCCUCUGGCCACCCCCAGCCUCCCAACUUCUUCUCCUUCAGUGGCCCCACUGGCCCCAGUUCUAGCCUUGCCCAAAGCCCCUUGAAGCUUUUCCCCUCACAGGCUGCCCACCAGCUGGGGGAGGGUGAGAGCUAUGCCAUGCCAACUGCUUUCCCAGGCUUGGCACCCACCUCUCCACACCUUGACAGCGCGGGGAUGCUGGAAACGCCUGUGUCCUCGGUCAAGGCCCUGAGUGGGGUUCCUGGUGGAAGCGAGGGGCGCUGUGCAGUGUGUGGAGACAACGCUUCUUGCCAGCAUUACGGCGUCCGCACCUGUGAGGGCUGCAAGGGCUUCUUCAAGCGCACAGUGCAGAAAAACGCCAAGUACAUCUGCCUAGCCAACAAGGACUGCCCUGUGGACAAGAGGAGGCGAAACCGCUGCCAGUUCUGCCGCUUCCAGAAGUGCCUGGCUGUGGGCAUGGUGAAGGAAGUUGUCCGGACAGACAGUCUGAAGGGGCGGCGGGGUCGGCUCCCUUCAAAACCCAAACAGCCCCCAGAUGCCUCCCCUGCCAACCUCCUCACGUCCCUGGUCCGGGCACACCUGGAUGCAGGGCCCAACACUUCUAAACUGGAUUACUCCAAGUUCCAAGAGCUGAUGCUGCCGCGUUUUGGGAAGGAAGAUGCCGGGGACGUGCAGCAGUUCUACGACCUGCUCUCAGGUUCGCUGGAAGUCAUCCGCAAAUGGGCCGAGAAGAUUCCUGGCUUUGCUGAGCUGUCACCUGGUGACCAAGACUUGCUGCUGGAGUCGGCCUUUCUGGAACUCUUUAUCCUCCGCCUAGCCUACCGUUCCAAGGCUGCCGAAGGGAAGCUCAUCUUCUGCUCAGGCCUGGUGCUGCAUCGGCUCCAGUGUGCCCGCGGCUUCGGUGACUGGAUUGAUAGCAUCUUGGCCUUCUCACGGUCCCUGCACAGCUUGGUCGUCGAUGUCCCUGCCUUUGCCUGCCUCUCUGCUCUCGUCCUCAUUACUGACCGGCAUGGGCUGCAGGAACCUCGGCGGGUGGAGGAUCUGCAGAACCGCAUUGCCAGCUGCCUGAAAGAGCACGUCUCAUCCGUGGCGGGUGAGGCCCAGCCAGCCAGCUGCUUGUCCCGCCUGCUGGGCAAGCUGCCUGAACUCCGGACCCUGUGUACCCAGGGCCUGCAGCGCAUCUUCUACCUCAAGCUGGAGGACUUGGUGCCCCCUCCGCCUAUCGUCGACAAGAUCUUUAUGGACACGCUGCCCUUCUGACCCCAGCCCAGGAGCAUGUGUGUGCAUGCUUGUACACCACCCCACGUGCCUUUGGCCCAUGAACCCCAGAGCACCGCUUCCCCCAGCUGGCCUUGAGCUGCAGACCAACUAACCUCCUCAAUUGCUCUUGGAAGUCAGCAGGGAGCUCAAGGCAGUGUGAGGGGGGGUGCCUUCAUGGAGGUGGCCCCCACUAUUUGUCUUACCCCCCAGUCCACCCCUGGCCUUCAUGUUUUUGUAAGAUAAACCGUUUUUAACACAUACCGCCAUGCUGUAAAUAAGUCCACUGCUGCUGUAAAUACAUAAAGGCAGAGGUUGAGGUGGGAGUUGGGGGUUGGGAAGGAGGGAUGGCGCUCCGCACCAGCCUGGGCUAGUCUUUUUCCAGCCUUCUUAGACUUGCUCUCUCUUCCCACCCUCCUUCCACAUGUACAUAAACUGUCACUCUAGGAGGAAGACAAAGGACAGAUUCUGACAUUUAUAUUUGUGUAUUUUCCUGGAUUUAUAGUAUGUGACUUUUCUGAUUAAUAUAUUUAAUAUAUUGAAUAAAAAAUAGACAUGUAGCUGAAACUG